AUGGGUAAGCGCAAAAAGUCAUCGAAACCAGUAGUGAAGCGAGUUCAGCCAAAGCUGGACAAGCGGUUCGACUGUCCGUUCUGCAACCAACCGAAAGCCGUGGAGGUGCUCCUGGACCGAAGCACGGUGCCCAUGCGCGGGCGUUUAGAGUGUGGCGUGUGCGGGGCCAGUUAUCAGUGCGCUAUAAACAGCUUGAGCGAGCCGGUGGAUGUCUACUCGGACUGGAUAGACACCAUAGAGGAGGUCAACGCUGCCGAACCGGGAGACUCGUAG